AUAGUACAUUACGGACGCGACGAGGGAGAGGAUGUGAUGUGCCGUCGCUCGCUCGGCCUUUAGUGACUCCUGAGAAACACGUCGACGCAGAAAAGACGGACCGGGAUAUUUUCGACUAUAAUUUGUACUAAGAGUGAUUUUCUCGAUGUGGGAUCAUGGGUGUUCCUGCGGCCUUGUGACACAUUACUAUGAGCUCAGUGAACCAACCAGAUGAAUAUUUGCCAUUUAUUGAGGGCGUGUGAAACGACUGCCUCAUGAAAUCACUGAUUCUGGACAAUAGACAAAACAAAAGACCGAGAUUAGAUGGACCCACAUGCCGAGCCCUUCAGCAGCUGAGGGGCGCCGUAGAGCAGGAUUCCAUGGCUCCCUCCGUCGGGUGCGUGCGCGAGGGGAACGGCGGAGCGAGGGGAGGACGCCCCCUGGUCACCCGCCUCUCCUACAGCCACCACACCCACCUCCUGACCUUGGCUGACCUCCUCGACGGGUGCCCCAAGGUCGAACCUCUCCGUUACCAGGAUACCAAAGAGAAUAUCAUAUCAAAACACCGUGCUGGGGAGGCCUUCACCAUGUGUCGGCUCCUCGUCGGCUGCAGUGACCAGGAGAACACCAUAGAGCUGGAGAAGUUCACCCCAACGGCACUGCACGUGGCCUGCCUGCUGCCCCAGCCGGGUCCCCUCAUCAGCAAGCUGGUCAGAUCGGGAGUUUCCGUCAAAGAAGUCAAUUCUUUCGGCCAGACUCCGCUGCAUACUGUCUUGCUUGGUGAUGUGAGGAGUUCCAGCUUAAUAGAGGCUUUAGAGGCGCUGAUAGCUAAUGGUGCCGAUGUGAAUGCAAGAGAUAACUCUGGCGAAACGCCCCUUCACUGUGUGCGGAAUCUACUGAGGGAGGGACUGCACGAGAGGGCGGCGGAGGUUGCACAUACACUGCUAGUCGCUGGUGCACAUAUUGAUGCUGCAAAUAACAAGGGUCGAACGUUAUUGACAUAUAGCGUAGAGUACCUGGACGAUGCUCUUGCACUCACAAGGACCUUGGUCAACCACGGCUCUUGUGUUUGGGGAGCGGCAGAUGGCAGGGACAAAGAUCAAAGUGUCUUUGCUUGGUUCCUUAAGGCUGUGAUUUCUCAUCAGAGGCUUGAAAAUUGUUCAAGUACAGUUACUAUAAUCUCACAGUUGAUGGCAGCGGAUCCGAGAAGAAUGCAUCAACAUAUUCUUAGAACCAUGUUUAGACAAUCUAGGUGCUAUCAUAUUCUGGGCCCCCUGUUCCUGGAGCUCAAGACGCUAAUGAUGCCCCACUGGACGCAACCCGCAAGCCUCUCGUUCCUCUGCUGGCAGACGAUCCGCAGAUCACUCACACCAAAGAGAAUACACUCGGGAACGCCCCAGCUGGGUCUUCCGCCUCCUCUCCAGUCUUAUAUCCUACUAGAAGAACCUGGAUUCUGUUCAUAGCUGCUAAAAUAUUAAUAAGAGUUAUUAAUAAUGAUAAUAAUUAUAAUAUUGAAUUCCAUUACAAAGACUUGGAGUCCCUUUUUUUUCUUUCUUUGUUUCUUUUUUUUUUUUUCUUUUUUUUCUUUUCUUCUCUUGUUAACGAUUCCCAACUCCAAGCGGACGGACUCCACCGCAGAAGAUUGUUUAUGAUUAACCCAAGAAAAACUUAUUAGGGACAGGCUCGUAAUGUAUAUAAGUGCUUAUGGGAGAACUUAGUGAUCCUCAAGUGCUCUGUCUCUUUUGGAGAUGUGACUUAAAAUCUCCUGGCUGUGUUAACUCCUAUAGGAGAGUCAUGUAUGUGUGUGUAAUGAUGCUUACUGUGUGAGAGCUUAUAUUUUUUCUAUGAAGUAUGUCAGGGUGAUCUUUCCUUCAAAGAAACCAUAAAGAGAUAUUAUGGAUUUGAUCUUUUUCUUUCUCUCUUUUAUUUUCAAUGAUUUUACCUACUAGGUCUUUCAUUUGCAAAGUCUCAAUUCAGUUUCAUGUUCCUCUUGCACAGAGGUGUGUGUAUGUGUGUAUAUAUAUCAUAGUCUUUAAUGCUCAUUCUUUACCUUCUCGAUAUAAGUAACAGCAUAGAAAAUAUAGAGCAGGGUUUAUGCUUGCCAGCACUAUUGUGCCUUACAUUAUAAUGUUAACAGUGUAUUGGAAGACCAAUUUUCUAGGAGAGAACUUUUUUUUCUUCCUUUUUUUUUCAAAGAAUAUUAUUUCCCUUUCUCGGAGACUUUUAUUGACGACAUAUUUGCCUCAAGAGUCUUCCUUUACUCCAGAGAAACUACUGUACAAUAUACUUUCUAGUGAUUUAUCCUCCCAAACAAACCCCACAGGAGAGAGAGCCUUUUCCUAUUGUUUUCCGCGUAGGUGGUUGGAACGGUUAACAUUCGCACAUCACCAAACAAGUGCCAAACAAUUAAAGUGGUGUCUUUUGUAUUUCAGUGUCGGAGUUUUUUGUAAUGUGAGCCAUGUGCUAAGUACCCCAGAAUUGUAAGCAUAGACAUGGCAUGUAUAUGUGUUUGUGUGUGUCAAAUUUUAAUUAGAGCUCCUCAAAAGGUCACAAGUUGUUAUAAGUCAUCACUAUUUAGAUGUUAUCACAGUGUUACAACAAGCCACCUGUUACAAGCUCAAUUUUCUUGAUGGAAUAUAAGAUGCGUGUUUUUUCUCAGUUUUCUUGAUGAGAUGUGAAUGCAUGCUUUUCUUAAUAUUCUUGAUGGAUUAUAAAAUGCAUGUUUUUUCUCAGUUUUCUUCAUGGAGUAUAAACUUUUUUUGUUUUUUUGUUUAUUUUAAUCAACAGGAGAGAUUCAUUCAUAAAUAACUAUUUUCUUUAGCUUAAUGAUAUUAUUUACAUUCAGAAUAAGGCUGAACUUGCUGUUUGCAGUUUUCUACAUAAGGUAAAUGUGCUUGUCACUGCUUUGGGGAGUUUAGGAGAAAGACUUUUUUAUUUAAGUAUAUUAUGGAGGAAGUUGGUAAGAAUUCAUUAUUCCCCCACCCAAAAAAAAGCUGCCCCGUAAUUUUUUUUUAGGGAAAAUACUAUCCAAUGAAAGAUAAUGAUGGACAGGUACUUAGAGACAAAGGAAUGGACCACUUUCGACACAGACCUGGUUUGUGACAGGCUAUCUAGAUUGCAAAAUCCUCUUCGAAAUUAUCUAUAUCGUACAUGGUCUCAUACGCUUUCAAUACUUAUGGUAUAUCUUCUUUUUCCUAAAGAAUAUUCUUGCAGGUAUCCAAUGAGCAAAGAGAGAGUUUUGCCAAUUCUAACCUUCUGUGAACAUCGCUUCGUCUUUUAUAUACUUUAAACUCCCCCCUCCCCCCAUUAGCUUAAAGGGUUCAAUAUUCCAAGACACGUUUCCCCAAAAGGUCCGUAGAAGAAAGGCAGGUGAUAUAAGCAUUACUCAGGAUUUCCGUAAGGUCGUUCCCGUUGUCACGAAUGGGAGAAAAUGAACAGUACUGAAUUUAUCAGAGUUCUCUAAGUCGCGGUGAUUGCUUUAUUAUGGUGUAUUUGAUGUUUGUUCUUAUCCACAGUAAUUCCUCAACAAUACUCAGGUGUCAUGACUCAUUGUGAAUCAUAAUUCAUUUAUUCUUGCCCAAUCAAGUCCCUUUUUUUUUCUUCUUGUACUUAGUUGAAUUUGAAGUAGUUUGUGUAGGCAUUCUAUAAUUGUGAGCAAGGGGAACUGGCUGUCUGAUUUGUGUAAAAUACUGUGCAAAAGAAGAAGUAUGUUGAUUGCAAUGCAGGGAUUACCCCCUCACUACAGCUACGGGAAUAUGGUAACUCGUGAACGAUUCCAAAAGAAUGUGAAUAUUUGAAAACAUAUAUUUUUUUUAACGGAUAAUAAUAGCGAAACUAAAACUAGUUCCUUUUACAAUAACCGAAAAGAAAAAUAUAGAAACACCUAGUAGCCCGCCGUGGCACAACGACUAGUCAAGGUUACCAACAGUUCUAGAAAUCAGUGUGUAUUUAGAAUCAGUGACCAGUGACAUGCUGGACCUAGUUUUCACACAUAACUAGCGUCCAGGACUUGACUUCGAUGUGACAAAGAUUCCGGUGCGUGUGUAUAUAACUGGUGAUGGUAUUAGACUGAAUUUUUGCUGACUAAAAACUGACUUGGUGAAUACAUAAAGUGACAGUACCUGAUUAACAGAAUAUGUCACACGGCCCAACAAACAAAUGUAUUUUGUGAUAUGACUAACUCUUUAAGAAAACUAUGAUGACAGGACCUAAUACAGAAACUGCAUAUUAGGUCCUGGAGUGUAGUAGGUGACUGUGUGACUGACAGAGACCUAGAGACAUUUCAGUGAGAGUAACAUUUGAUUUCUAGUGUGUAGUUAACAGGAAAAUAAAGAAACGAAUUAUCAGUAACUGGUUGACAGAGACAGUUUGUAGUAAGUGCGUGUGUGUGUGCAUAAGUGUAUAAUAAAUGCCUUGACACGAAGAACAAGUAAUCAUUACUUGAUCAAGUGAAUACAUUCAUAUCAUGGAAUCACAAUAGGUGGAAGCUGUUACCUAAGAGGUAUUUUAUUGUAUGCAUGUUGCGAGAGUUGAGUGUGUGACCUUCGUCUCCAACUUGAAGACGGCAUUAACCAGUCUACUGGAACACUAUAACACGUCCAAGACACUGUGAAUAUUUUAUAUAAAUUGUGUAACCUUUGCUGACUUACAUGCCAGUCAAAGAGAAGAUAUGUAUAUUUACUUAUAAAAAUAAAGAGCCCAAAGUGCCA